GCAGGGAGUUCCUGAGCGCGGUGUCCCGGAGCGGAGCGUCCCCCUCGGGGCCGCGAGGAAGGGACAAACCCUCCCGAUCGCCCCGUCACUUCGCGGACGGCCCUGGGCCUCCGGGCCGCCAGGGGGCGACGCACGUCUCCGCCGCCACGCGUUGUCCAUCCGCGGCGGGCCGGAAGCACCAGCCCUUUCUCGGCAGAGCGCAGCCAUGGCCCGCGGCCCCAAGAAGCAUCUGAAGCGCGUGGCUGCACCCAAGCACUGGAUGCUGGACAAGCUGACGGGCGUCUUUGCACCCCGCCCAUCAACAGGCCCACACAAGCUGAGGGAGUGCCUUCCCCUCAUCAUCUUCCUGCGAAACCGGCUGAAGUAUGCUCUGACAGGAGAUGAGGUCAAGAAGAUCUGCAUGCAGAGGUUCAUCAAAAUAGAUGGCAAAGUCCGCACCGACAUCACCUACCCUGCAGGCUUCAUGGAUGUCAUCAGCAUUGAGAAGACAGGUGAGCAUUUCCGCCUGGUGUAUGAUACCAAGGGCCGGUUUGCUGUGCACCGCAUCACACCUGAGGAGGCCAAGUACAAGCUGUGCAAGGUGAGGAAGAUCUUUGUGGGCACCAAAGGAAUCCCUCACUUGGUCACUCAUGAUGCCCGCACUAUCCGCUAUCCAGACCCCCUCAUCAAGGUGAAUGAUACGGUCCAGAUUGACCUGGAGACAGGCAAGAUCACAGAUUUCAUCAAGUUUGACACAGGUAACCUGUGCAUGGUGACUGGCGGUGCCAACUUGGGCCGAAUUGGGGUGAUCACCAACCGGGAGAGGCACCCCGGGUCGUUUGACGUGGUUCAUGUGAAGGACGCCAACGGCAACAGCUUUGCCACCAGGCUCUCCAACAUCUUCGUUAUAGGCAAAGGCAACAAGCCAUGGAUCUCCUUGCCCCGUGGAAAGGGCAUCCGCCUGACCAUUGCUGAAGAGAGAGACAAGAGACUGGCAGCCAAGCAAAGCAGCGGAUAAAGUCCAGCUCAUGCUGGCUCUGGUGCUGUCAGUGUGUUGUUAAUUAAACCAUUUACUACAUG